AUGACGAGGGAGCUCCGGGAGGCUGCGCAGAACCGCCGGCUGGAACUGUGCAAGAGUGUAUUAAAAGUGACCGAGCUGCGGUCGGAGCUGCAGCGGCGGGGCCUGGACUCGCGCGGCCUCAAGGUGGAUCUGGCACAGCGGCUGCAGGAGGCGCUGGACGCCGAGAUGCUCGAGGACGAGGCCGGCGGUGGCGGGUCCGGGCCCGGCGGGGCCUGCAAGGCGGAGCCUCGGCCUGUGGCCGCGUCGGGCGGCGGCCCGGGAGGAGACGAGGAGGAGGACGAGGACGAGGAGGAGGAGGACGAGGAAGCGCUGCUUGAGGACGAGGACGAAGAGCUACCUCCUGCUCAGGCCUCGGGCCAGGCCGCGCAGCCGCCACCGGAGCCCCCGGAGGCGGCAGCCGUGGAGGCCGCGGCGGAGCCCGAUGCUUCCGAAAAGCCGGCGGAGGCCACGGCUGGGUCAGGUGGAGUAAAUGGUGGCGAAGAGCAGAGUGCUGGCAAGGGGGAGGAAGACGAACCCGAGGAGCGGAGCGGGGACGAGACGCCGGGAUCCGAGGCGCCGGGUGACAAGGCUGCAGAGGAACAGGGAGAUGACCAAGAUAGUGAAAAGUCAAAACCAGCAGGCUCAGAUGGUGAGCGGCGGGGGGUAAAGAGACAGCGGGAUGAGAAGGAUGAACAUGGCCGAGCUUACUAUGAAUUCCGAGAGGAGGCUUACCACAGCCGCUCAAAGUCUCCGCCACCCCCUGAAGAAGAGGCAAAAGACGAGGAGGAGGAUCAAACUCUUGUGAACCUGGACACAUAUACCUCGGAUCUCCAUUUUCAAGUGAGCAAAGACCGCUAUGGAGGGCAGCCACUUUUCUCAGAGAAGUUCCCCACCCUUUGGUCUGGGGCAAGGAGUACUUAUGGAGUAACAAAGGGAAAAAUCUGCUUUGAGGCCAAGGUAACCCAGAAUCUCCCAAUGAAAGAAGGCUGCACAGAGGUUUCUCUCCUUCGAGUUGGGUGGUCUGUUGAUUUUUCUCAUCCACAGCUUGGUGAGGAUGAAUUCUCUUAUGGUUUUGAUGGACGAGGACUCAAGGCAGAGAACGGACAGUUUGAGGAAUUUGGCCAGACUUUUGGGGAAAAUGAUGUCAUUGGCUGCUUUGCUAAUUUUGAGACUGAAGAAGUAGAACUUUCCUUCUCCAAGAAUGGAGAAGACCUAGGUGUGGCAUUCCAGAUCAACAAGGAAUCCUUGGGAGACCGGGCCCUUCUACCCCAUGUCCUCUGCAAAAAUUGUGUUGUAGAAUUAAACUUUGGUCAGAAGGAGGAGCCCUUCUUCCCACCACCAGAAGAGUUUGUAUUCAUUCAUGCUGUGCCUGUUGAGGAACGUGUGCGCACUGCAGUCCCUCCUAAGACCGUAGAGGAGUGUGAGGUGAUUCUGAUGGUGGGACUUCCUGGAUCUGGAAAGACCCAGUGGGCACUGAAAUACGCAAAAGAAAAUGCUGAGAAAAGAUACAAUGUCCUGGGAGCUGAGACUGUGCUCAAUCAGAUGAGGAUGAAGGGGCUCGAGGAGCCAGAGAUGGACUCUAAAAGCCGAGACCUUUUAGUUCAGCAAGCCUCCCAGUGCCUUAGUAAGCUGGUCCAGAUUGCUUCCCGGACAAAGAGGAACUUUAUUCUUGACCAGUGUAAUGUGUACAACUCUGGCCAACGGCGGAAGCUGUUGCUGUUCAAGACCUUCUCUCGGAAAGUGGUGGUGGUUGUCCCUAACGAGGAAGAUUGGAAGAAGAGGCUGGAGUUGAGGAAGGAAGUGGAGGGAGAUGAUGUGCCUGAGUCUAUAAUGCUAGAGAUGAAAGCCAACUUCUCUCUGCCUGAAAAAUGCGACUAUGUGGAUGAGGUGACAUAUGGGGAGCUGGAGAAGGAGGAGGCUCAGCCCAUUGUCACAAAGUACAAGGAGGAGGCAAGGAAGCUACUGCCACCCUCUGAGAAGCGGACAAACCGCCGAAACAACCGGAACAAGCGUAACCGGCAGAACCGAAGCCGAGGCCAAGGCUAUGUGGGCGGGCAGCGCCGAGGCUACGACAACCGGGCCUACGGGCAGCAGUACUGGGGGCAGUCUGGAAACAGAGGGGGUUACCGUGAUUUCUAUGAUCGAUACAGGGGAGACUACGAUCGAUACAGGGGAGACUAUGAUCGAUACAGGGGAGAUUAUGAUCGAUUCUAUGGGCAAGAUUAUGAGUACAACAGAUACAGAGACUAUUACAGACAAUACAAUCGGGAUUGGCAGUACUACUACCACCCCCAGGACAGAGACCGAUACUACAGGAACUACUACGGUUACCAAGGGUAUCGGUGAAGCCCCUGCCAUUGUCGCCUGUCAGCCAUGAAGCUGAAUCUCUGGGGGUGCCAGGCACCCCCCAAAAAACACAACCAAGGAAAACAGGGGCUGUCGGGGUAGGGCUGAGCUG